AUAAUAUCGCGAGAUUUGGUGUUUCCGUGUGUGAUUCGAGACCGCUGACUGACGGAAGCAAUGUCAGUGUAACGUCCGCCGUCCAGCAGACAAGGACGAGCUAAGUGUAUCAACCAUGGCUGCCGGCGCUCAGGCCUCGAAAGUUUUUUCGUUGUACAAAAGGAUUCUCGUGCUGCAUCGCUUCCUGCCAAUACAUUUGAGAGCCCUCGGUGACAACUACGUGAAAGACGAAUUCAGAAGACACAAAAACGCUUCGCCCGAAGAAGCGAAGAGCUUCAUGAGAGAAUGGGAAAACUACAAGGACACUCUGCAGUCGCAAGUUCUGGAAUCAGUCAGAGACCAAAACGGCUCUCUGAAAUUCGGCAUCAACAUCCCGGUGGAGAAAUUAAAAGACUUCCAAGAUGAGCAAAUAGGACAACUGUACGAGCUCCUGCUUGAAUCCACCAAACCUAAUAAUCAGUUUAAUAUUCAUGAGGACAAAUGAAUCAACAGAACCCGUGUGCCCCCGGGGAGCCCGUUCUGCAGUUUGAUUCGGAGUUGAUCAUAGAUGUGAAGAAAA